UUAAAUAGCAGUAGUGGUAGUAAUAGUAGCAAUAAUAACACUUUCUCAUAUCCAGCUAAUCAUUCACCACCAUCAUCAACUUUUUAUUCUCAAACAAUGACUAAUAUGGGUAGUACAACUGAAAUAGAAAUUAUAGAUGGAGAUAAACCAAACCAGAACUCACCAUUAAUUGGUGUACCAAGAUCUAGUUAUAGUGAAUCUAAUCAUGAUGUGGAUACUAGGACAUCUCUUGAAAAAUUUAAAGAUUUCAUUCUCGGAAACCAUGUUUAUUUAGAAAGAACUAUUGAUUUAGAUAUGGAUCAACAAAGAAAAAAAAAUCAAAAAUAUAAUCUAUAUUCUUUUAUUUUUGUUAUUCUUUAUGAACAAUUCAAAUAUUUCUUUAAUUUAUAUUUCCUUUUAGUAGCAUUAUCACAAUUUAUUCCCCCACUUCAAACAGGUUAUUUAUUUACAUAUGUUUCACCAUUAGUAUUUGUUUUAGCAGUUACAAUUUUCAAAGAAGCAUAUGAUGAUUUUAAAAGAUUUCGUAGAGAUAAAGAAGCAAAUUCACAACAUUAUCAAAAAUUAACUAAAAAUGGUUUAGUAUCAAUUCCAAGUUCAGAUAUCAAAGUUGGCGAUUUAAUCAAAGUUGAAACCAAUCAAAGAGUACCAUGCGAUAUGAUUUUCCUCAAAACUACAGAGAAGAAUGGUUCAUCUUUCAUUAGAACUGAUCAAUUAGAUGGUGAAACUGAUUGGAAAUUAAGAAGAUCUGUUGGUAUGACUCAAAAGCUAUUAACCGACGAACAAUUGUUCGAAAUGAGUGCUUCAAUUUAUGCAGAAAAACCAAAGAAAGAUAUUUAUAAUUUUAUUGGUAAUUUCAUUAAUAAAGAAACUGGUGAAACUGAAGGUUUAAGUGUAGAAAAUACUUUAUGGUCAAAUACAGUUAUUGCAAGUGGUAAUGUUAUUGGUUGUGCAGUCUAUACUGGAAGAGAAACAAGAUGUGUUAUGAAUACAAGUACACCAUCAACUAAAGUCGGUUUAUUAGAUAACGAAUUAAAUAACCUUUCAAAAGUUUUAUUUGUUCUCUUAUUAUGUCUUUCAUUGUUAAUGAUAACAUUAAAAGGUUAUAGAGGCCAUUGGUAUAUUUAUCUUUUUAGAUACCUCCUAUUAUUCUCUGCUAUUAUCCCAAUUAGUAUGAGGGUAAAUUUAGAUUUAGGUAAAACUGUAUAUAGUUGGAUGAUGAUGAGGGAUCCUUUAAUACCGGGUACUGUCGUUAGAACUUCAACCAUUCCAGAAGAGUUGGGUAGAGUAGAAUAUCUUUUAACCGAUAAAACUGGUACUUUAACUCAAAAUGAUAUGGUUUUUAAAAAAUUACAUUUAGGUACAGUAUCUUAUUCAAGUGAUAGUAUACAGGAAUUAGAAAAUGAUUUAAGACAAUCCUACACAAAUCAAAAUAAUUUAAAUAAUAGUUCAAGUGGUACAAAUAAUCAAACUAAUACCAAUAAUAAAAUCAAACCAAGAAAAAAUUUAAAUCAAAAAAUUAAAGAAGCAAUUACAGCUAUUGCAUUAUGUCACAAUGUCACACCAGUUUUAGAUGAUGGCAGUGAAGAGAUUCAACUUAAUCUUGAUAAGAAAAAGAAAAAGAAAAGAUUUUUUGGAAGAAAACAAUAUGAAACAUUAGAUGAUGAAGAAGAUUCAGGCUCCACAAGUAGAAACUCAACAGGUAUUAAAAAUAGAUCCGAUAAAUAUGACACACAAGAGUCACAACAAGAUAUCCUUGGUAAAACCCAAAACUAUCAAGCCUCAAGUCCAGAUGAAAUUGCUUUGGUCAAGUUUACAGAGUCAAUUAGAUUGAUUUUAACAGGUCGUGAAUUAACCACCAUAACUCUUUUAAAUCCAUUAGGCGAAUUAGAAAACUACGAAAUUUUAAAUAUUUUCCCAUUCACAUCAGAAACCAAAAGAAUGGGUAUUAUCGUUCGUGACAGUAGUGGUGUAAUUACAUUCUAUAUGAAAGGUGCUGAUGCUAUUAUGGCCAAGUUGGUUCAAUCAAAUGAUUGGUUGGAUGAAGAAUGCGGUAACAUGGCAAGAGAGGGUCUUCGUACUUUAGCUUUUGGCAAAAGAGUAAUGAGCGAAGAAGAAUAUCAUAAUUUUUCAAAUGCAUAUGCCUUUGCUAAAACUACAAUCGCUGACCGUGCUGCUAAAGUUCAAGAAGCAAUCUCCACAAUUGAAAAGGAUUUAGAGCUAAUUGCUCUUACAGGUGUCGAAGAUAAACUUCAAGCUAAAGUCAAACCAACUCUAGAAAUGCUCAGAAAUGCCGAUGUAAAAGUUUGGAUGUUAACUGGUGAUAAAAUUGAAACUGCUACAUGUAUCGCUAUCUCUACCAAGUUAGUAUCAAGAACCCAAUCACUCUUCCAAAUCUCUGUUAACGAUAAGAAUAGAGCCCGUGAAAAAUUAAACCAAUUUGCAAGUAUGAGAGAUUCAUGUUUAGUUAUUGAUGGUCCAUCACUCCAAUUAUGUAUCGAUAACUUUAAAGACGAUUUUAUGGCAAUCUCAACCAAAGCACCAUCAGUGGUAUGUUGUCGUUGUACACCAACCCAAAAAGCUGAUAUUGUAAGAUUAAUCAAAGAGAAAACUAAAAAGAGAACCUGUGCAAUUGGUGACGGUGGUAAUGAUGUAUCUAUGAUUCAAGCUGCUGAUGUCGGUAUUGGUAUUGUUGGUAAAGAAGGUAAACAAGCUUCAUUAGCCGCCGAUUUUUCAAUCACUCAAUUUAGUUUUAUUGCAAAUUUAAUUUUAUGGCAUGGUAGAAACUCUUAUAAAAGAUCUGCUCGUUUAUCACAAUUUGUCAUUCAUCGUGGUCUUAUCAUUUCAUUCAUCCAGUGUGUAUUCUCUGCAAUCUACUAUUUUGCAGCUAUUUCAAUUUACAAUGGUAUGCUUUUAGUAGGUUAUGCUACUCUUUACACCAAUGCUCCAGUAUUUUCAUUAGUAUUGGAUGAAGAUGUACCAAUGGAGAUCGUUUUCCGUUAUCCAGAGCUAUACCACGAACUUCAAAAAGGCCGUUCUUUAUCCUACAAGACAUUCUUUAUUUGGGUAUUAAAAUCAGUUUAUCAAGGUGGGGCCAUUAUGUUACUUUCUAUUAUUCUCUUUGAAAGCUCACUCAAUAACAUUGUAUCAAUCACUUUCACCUCUUUAAUUCUCUGCGAACUUUUAAAUGUAGCUACAGAAAUUAAUACAUGGCAUCGUUAUAUGAUUGGUUCUUUAAUUGUAACAUUAUUAUCCUAUAUCAUUACCAUGAUGAUCCCUCAACUUUUAGCUUUCGAAUUACAAUUCAUUCUUUCUUGGGAAUUUGUUUGGAAAGUAUGUGUAAUCACAUUAGUCAGUUGUUUACCACUAUAUAUAAUUCAAUUCAUUAAAAGAAAAAUAGAUCCACCAUCAUAUACAAAAUUAAUUUAUAGAUAAAAUAUAAAUUAAAAUAAAUUAAAAAAAUAAAAAUAAAAUAAAAAAAAAUAAUAAAAUUAAAAAAAACUAGAUAACAAAUAAAUAAUAAAACUAAUUUUAGUUAUUAUAUAAAAAA